GCGCACACACGCUGCAGCGCCACGCACCACACACACACUCGCACACACAUCAUUUCCAGUGGAGACUGGCACAGAGACGCAGCGCCACGACCACUCCGAUAUGUCUGUUUGGUCCGGACUGCUGGAACUUCAGCGCAGAGAGAGGCGGGUAGAUCUAGCUAGCUCGUCCCAGAUAUAGUGGAUUAAAUUUACGCUUUCUUUUCUUUCUUUCCUUUUUUUCCCCCUCGUUUCUCCUCCUCCUCUGGUUUCGUGUUACAAAGCCUUGGGAGGGAGUUGCGCUGAGAGCCAGUUCCUCUGUGUAGAAACUGAAUGACAGGAUCAUAUGGCUUGAUUUUCCUUAUGGUCCAAACAUUUUAAAUAAUAGAAGAAACAAGAGAGGAGAAGAGAGAAACCCGGGGCGAAUUCGUCUGAAAUUGUGUGAGGAUGUGGAAUAAUUUAUAACUCAAAUUCAAAAACAAAUCAGAUAACGGAGAAGAAGAGAAGGGUUGGAAAGGAUACUGGAUCUGUCGUCAGAGAAAGACGGAGAGGAAAGCGCAGGAUGCGUUGCCUGUAAUCAUCACCACCAUCAGCGUAAUAAUAAGCCCAAUGUGACCUUCAUCUGAGUCGAGUGUCUCUAUUCAACAUUCACGAAGAAGACGGAAGCAAAAAAACUGAAAGGGAGAUUAAGAAGAAAGCACACAGACGCACGGGGGAGGAGAAGAAAAACAAGCUGCCAGGAGCCCUGCUGCUCUCUCGAGUUGUUCUGAUCAUCUGAUUGAUCCCUCGAUCCAUCACUCAACGCCAGUCCCGACAAAUGGGUGCUGACAUGGGAGCCAUGGGCGGGAAGAAGGUCUUGCUCCUAGUGUUCCUGUUUGGAUGGGAGAAGUCGCUGGGCCUCAACUGGAACCCAAUCCCACGCAAGACUGUUCGAUACCAGGAUGUUUUGGACAGCAUGGCGAGGUUCAGCGUUCAGGGAGUGUUCAACUACAGCAUGCUGACUCUGUCCGACCAUGAGAGAGUUUUGUACAUCGGAGCACGGGAGGCACUGUUUGCCCUGGACCCCAACGACAUUAGCAGACAGUUACGGCCACAGAUCGAGUGGCCAGCUCCGCAGGAUAAGAAGAGGGAGUGUGUUGCCAAGGGGAAGAACAACCAGACCGAGUGCUUCAACUACAUCCGUUUCCUGCAGAGCUACAACCGCACACAUCUCUACACCUGUGGCACCUACGCCUUCCAGCCCAAAUGCACCUAUGUGAAUGCAGACUAUUUCACCCUCAACACUGGCGCCCUGGAAGAUGGGAAGGGCAAAUGCCCAUAUGACCCUGCUAAGGGGCACACUGGCCUGAUCGUGGAUAAGGAGCUCUACUCAGCAACGCUCAACAACUUCCUGGGUACAGAGCCGGUCAUUCUGAGGAACCUGGGCCAACAGCACUACAGCAUGAAGAGCGAAUACUUGCCUGCCUGGCUCAAUGAGCCAGACUUUGUGGGCUCAGCCCUGGUGAGGGAGAGCAUCGGCAGCAAGGAGGGUGACGACGACAAGAUCUACUUCUUCUUCAGUGAGCGAGCAUUGGAGCUGGACUGUGACACUGAGCUCACUGUGGCCAGAGUGGCCCGUGUCUGCAAGGGUGAUCUGGGUGGUACCAGGACGCUGCAGAAGAAGUGGACCACCUUCCAAAAAGCCCGGCUGGAGUGUUCCCUCCCCGAGCGUCAUGUCUCCUUCAACAACCUCAGAGCUGUCUUUACCCUUCCGGGGCAGGACUGGCGGGGGACCACUUUCUACGGCAUCUUCCACGCUCAGUGGGGGGACGUGGACGUGUCGGCAGUAUGCCAGUACCAGAUCAGCGAUGUGAAGGAGGUGUUUGAAAGAUCAUACAAGGAAUACAGGGAGGCAUCCCAGAGAUGGGGACGCUACACCGGUGCUGUCCCUGUCCCACGGCCUGGAUCGUGUAUAACCAAUUCAGACAGGGAGAACGGCUACAACAGCUCACUGCAGCUACCUGACGCCACGCUCAACUUUGCCAAGAAGCACCCACUGAUGGAGGACAAAGCUCUUGCUCGCCCCCUGCUGCUCACCAAAGGCGUCAACUUCACCAGGCUGGCGGUGGAUCGGGUUAAUGCCCUGGACCAGCGGGCAUACAACAUGCUGUUCAUCGGCACAGCGGAGGGCUGGCUGCAGAGGGUGGUGAUCCUGGGCUCUGAGGCCCAUGUGAUAGAGGAGAUCCAGCUGUUUGAGACAGCCCAGCCAGUGGACAGCCUGACCAUCUCCCACUCCAAGAAGUAUUUGUACAUCGGCUCUCGUUCAGAGGUUCUCCAGCUGCCCUUGGCCAACUGCAGCCGCUAUCAGUCUCAGCCAGACUGUCUGCUAGCCCGGGACCCAUACUGCGCUUGGGACAGUGAGGGUCGGGCCUGCGUCCGCAUCGACCUCCACCGCGGGUCCACCUCCUCCCUGUCACAGGACCUUAUGCUGGAAAGGUUCAGCCGGGGAAAAGCCAAGUUUGAUAAGCCUGUCUCCAUCCCCAGCCCUGAGCACUCUCGUCUUCGGAACGUAACGGUGGUGGUUGGGUCAGACAUGGUGCUUCCUUGCCAGCUGGUCUCUAACCUGGCUCAGCCCUGCUGGUUCCUCAACGACCGUGAGCUCCAGCUGGGUGACCCGGAGGCAGGGGGGCCACGCUUUGACCGGACCCUCAAGGCCCUUGUCGUCCCCGAAGCGCGUCCGAUGCAAGCAGGCCGCUAUAUCUGCUACUCAGAGGAGCAGGGUGUCAAGUUUCAGACGGAGCGCUACCAGGUGGCUGUAGUAGCCAGUGCUCCGGUCUUCAUGGAGGCCCGGGCUCCAGACAGCAGCAUGGGGCUCUUCUGGGUGCUGGUCAUCACCCUUGGUGCAGCGUGCCUAAUGCUCUUGGUGGCAGCUCUUUACCUGCGCAGGAGGCUGAAACUGGCACUGGGAAAGGGAGCUGACAUGAAGCCACUGGAGAGCACCCUGGUCUACCCCAUCACCCUUCCAAAGGAGCCACCCACCUUUGUUCCCAGCAAGAUGCCCAGCGACGAGGACCGUUUCUGGGAGACGGGCGCCAAUUAUUACUACUCAGACGGCUCACUGAAGAUCGUUCCCGGUCACGCCCUGGGGCCCAGCAGCGUCAGCAGCACGGCGUCGCCCAGCGCCAUUCCCGGCCAGCCCAUCCACUCCCCCAGCCGUCUCAGCCUCACCAAUAUCCGAGGCUCCGGUAGCAAUGGCUACAUCCGCCUCAACCUGAGCACAGCAGGGGAGGAGAGGGCUAGCGGGGCUGGUGCUGGGGGCGGCGGGCUGGGAGGCCUGGGCAUGGGUGGGAACGACUACUCCAGUCCCUUCAAGGAAGAGCUGAGACGCACUCUGCAGCAGAGAAGUGUGCUGCCUGAUGCGAACCCUGAGGAGUCGUCCGUCUAGGCCUGUCCUCCUCCGUCUCCAUUACCUGAGUUGGAAAAACAAAACAACCAACCUACCUCCCUCCUUUUGAGAAUGCUCUCUCUCUCUCUUACAGUGACAUGUUGUCAAUUCCCCAUGCUCUCUCUCGCUCUGCCAAUGCCUGUUUGGCUCACUGUAGACAUUUAUAGCACACAGCAUGUUAAAUAUACACACUUGUACACCGUGUUCGCCAACAUGCACUCUUAUAAGUAUUGUGUUCUGGGCACCAUGCAGUCAUGGACUUUUUCUGCUUCCACUGUGCAAUCGCCCUUGUGUAAAUUCUGUAUUUAAAGAGGAAUUCUGAACGCAGAGGAGAACACCUCAAGCAUGGUAAUCAAACAAAUGGCGUUACAUGUCUUCUGAAGGGCACAUUUCUUUUAUGUUGAGUGGACCAAGUGAGGCUUUUAGCCUCUGAGACCAGUUGAGGAAUGGCAAGUGCAACUGACUGGAAAUAUUGAACUGAUUCUCUGCGCUUCUGUUCCUUUGAGAUCUUUUCAGCUUUUACUGCACUUAAAACUGGAAGUGCGUCUUCCCUUUUUGUAUUUGUGAGCCAAGAGUGUGAGAGUGGUAUAAAAAGAAUAAUUAAUCUCGAAGCAAGACGACAAUCAUGUCCUCGUAGCUGGAGCUCUGCGUGGGACAGAGAGGAGAGGAGAGAGAGCGAGAGACAAAGAGAGAGGAAAUUAAAUGGAAAAUGAAGUGAAUUGGAGUGAAAGACGCAAGGGGGGUUUUUGAAUGAAGGACAAUCUCUCAAGACUUUCUCUGCUCAAUUUGUUUUUUCCCCCCAAGUUGUAUUUACCCCCAGAGAAAGUCCUCGAUCCCUUCCACUUUAAUUUGUUGUGAUGGUUGGUUUGAAUUAAGACAUUUCUUGUUGUUAUUUUUCUAUGUCUUACGGACUACAACAGUGUUUCAAGCGGUUAUUAAGUGACUAAUGGCUCCCCUCUGUGAAUGACAGCGUGAGGGCAAGCGCUUACAUUCCUCGCUCAGCCCUGCACGGUGACCUUCAAAUGCACCUUCAAGUUAAAUAUACUACAAGUGCACUCCAUACUACAUUUAUUAGAGUAACAGUGUAGAACAGAUAAGUGUUUUGGUUGAGCUCUUUUGGACGUUUGUUCAUCUCCUCUGAAAAGAAAAGGCUAUUUGCAUUCAGCUCUUAGCAGCAGGACAAUAACUGCACACUUAAUUCCAAAUUGAAGUUGACGCGAAGACUUUAGGCAUAGAGAAUGUAGUGGAACCCUCACUGUUGCGACCGCUGUGGAUGUCUCAAUAAGUGCUUUAUAUCUUACGUGUUUGGUGAAGGUGGUAACUUGCACUGCCAAGAAGGAAACUACCCCUCCCACACACUCAUUCACACACACUACCAGUCCUCUGAAUGCCAACCAUCCUGGACUACAGUGUGUUUGUGAAACCCCCUUAAAUCCCAUGAAACCCCUCCCUCUUACCGACGCCCAGAGACUGACCCGGGGCUACUGUGGACAUAUACUAAGGAAGAGCACUGUAAAACACACCAUCACAAAAAGAACACACUUGCAGUGUUGAUGGAAGAAUGGACAGACAGACUGAUUGCUGCCGUGCUGACAAGCUUCUGGCUUCAGGCGGGAAGCAGCCGUGAACCAGUGAAAGGGGUGGUUUUUGUUUUUGGAACGUGUCUGUCGAGACCAGAGGAGAACAGCAAGAAGGAAGGGGAGGACAAAUAUACUUUGUUAUGCCCCAUUGUGUACAGAGUGCUGAGAGAGAUGUAAAAUAUGAAAAUGAUCCCAAGGUUGAAGAGGUACUCAGCCAUCAGCGCUCCAUCCUAGUGUUGCAUGAUCCUCUGCAAGUGGACUCUACAUCUUUGAUAUGAUCAUCCUUGUAGAAGUGCAUCAUUUUGAUUGAUCAUUUUUGGACUUUUACAGACACUAACAUUGUGGAAUACUAAUGUUCUCUUUGAAAAAAAAAACAAAAUAUGUCUGAUUUUAUGGUUCAAGGGUUGUACAGGAAUUCACGGCUGCAUUUCAACAUGUUUACUUUUUCUGUGCCUCUUCACCUUUUAGAUAAGCCAAAGUAGACUGCAGAUGCUUUUGUUCUUGUUAAAAUACUUAAAUUAAUUUUAUUUGAUUUCAGAUUGAUAUUUAAGUCUCAGCAGUCCGUCCACUUUGCUACACUGAGCUGAUGUCUGCAACUUUUCUGCAUAUUUUAUCUGCAGCUACAUUUUCCCUCAAGCAAAAUGCAAAAAAAGACUUGAGGCUGAUGAACUUACUGUUUGCUCCCUGUUUACAUGUCAGUAGUGAUCUGCUGGACCUGAUCCAUGAUCCCUUCUCUUCAUGAAGGCUGCUUAAUGUACCAAAAUGUUAACUAUUAUUUAAUUUGUCAGCCCCUAAAAACCAAAUAAGUAACUGUUGAUUUAAAGCCAAUCAGUGAUAGAAUGUGUCCACUUCAUACAGUAGUAUUAAAUCCCCUGAAGCAGAAGCUAAAAACACAUUAGCUUUUUUUUUUACUGGUACUUGCUUACAUCUCAGUACAUUUCUGUUAACAAUUAGGCUUUACUUUCUAAUCAAACAUGUUGCAAAAAAGUAAAAAGAUGUUUAAAGGAAUAGGUCUCAAGCUUGAAAAAAAUGCAUGUGUGAUGUACUUAAUGUGCAUUUCUUCUUCAGUUCUUACUUGUUUGCUCAUAACAGUUUCCCCCACACAAGGCUUUAAGUUCUGCUGUUUUCCUUGCAUUAUAAUUUGUAUUAUUGUGUAUCACCCCGAUUUUAUUUUGCCCCAUUUUUGCUCGUCUGUUAUUGAUCUUUUAUGUUUGUUUUUAAAGUAUGUUAAGUAACUUAUUUCACUUGUACAAACAUGUUGAUAUUUAUUAUCAUUGUACA